CGAAGAUAAAAAGACUAAGAAUUCCUUACUGGGUUAACACUGCUAAGGAGUUUCCAGUUCAACAAAGACGUGUGUUCGAAAAUCUUGAGCGCGUUCGAUCGAUCCUAGACUUCUGUUCAACUCAGACUCGCGUGUACAAGCAGAUGGAUUGAUGUACUAUGGACUUAAAGUUGGUGUGUUCUAUUUUUGAUUGAAAUCAAAACACUACGGCAGUUUACUUUGUGUGAAUAACACUAAUUAACACAAGGAACAAAAAAAGUUUAUUCAAGUCUUUCAUGAACGAGGGCAAUCACGUAGCAGGCGUUUUUUAAGACACUAGAUUUACAUAUUUGCUGUGAAAAAUGCAAGCUCUGCGGGAUAUUAUCAACGUGAUUAGAAACAAAUUUAGACCAGAAAAACCUCGAGGUAAGUGGGAAAAAAAUCAACGUAAUUAAAUUAACAUGCAAAGAAUUCACGCUCUUUUAUUUUUCCCCGCAAAAAUGAUGUUAUUGGAAUAUGCCAACAUCAAGAUCGAUCCUGGUUAACUUACUUUCCACUGGUUUCAUGGCAAGAUCUUCUCUAUUAUCUCGUUCCCCAAUACGGUGCAAUAAAACUCAAGUGUUUGAUUGGAGUGCAAUAGUUAGAGAACCUUAUAGCGAGUUGACAUUUUAUUGUUGUUCAUACAUGUUGUAUGAGACAAAACUGUGAAUAGUUCAUGACACUUAAGAGGUUGGGCUGGGCUUAAUAUUGUACGAUUAACAAUGUGUGUUAUGUUGAACGCCUGGUGCGUUGUUUAACAUAUCCACUCUAUGUUGAAGCUGGUAGACUUUGUUGCCACAUUGAAGCUUUAAUGUAGAAGAUGGUAGCCUAUGUUGUCACAUUGAAGCUUUAAUGUAGAAGAUGGUAGCCUAUGUUGUCACAUUGAAGCUUUAAUGUAGAAGAUGGUAGCCUAUGUUGUCACAUUGAAGCUUUAAUGUCGAAGAUGGUAGCCUAUGUUGUCACAUUGAAGCUUUAAUGUAGAAGAUGGUAGCCUAUGUUGUCACAUUGCAGCUUUAAUGUCGAAGAUGUUAGCCUAUGUUGUCAUAUUGAAGCUUUAAUGUAGAAGAUGGUAGAAUAUGUUAUGUAGAAGAUGGUAGAAUAUGUUUUCACAUUGAAGCUUUAAUGUAGAAGAUGGUAUCCUAUGUCGUCACAUUGAAGCUUUAAUGUAGAAGAUGGUAGCCUAUGUUGCAUGUUAUAAUUUUGAAGUUUUUAUGCUCCCUGUGACUAGACGGCAGAUUAACAAUUUAUUUUGGAACCAAUUCUCGACCAGCUCUCUCAAAGUUUUCUUGCUUCUAAGUAUAGCAAUUCAGUCACUAUUUAGUAUAUAGUACCGGUACGCAUUUACACUGUUAGCCGUUUUUUUUAUAAUCCCUUUUUAUGCAUUCACUUUUUUUAAAGUGCCUUCUUUUAAAUAUGUUACAUUAACUUUUAAAAAAUAAAAUAAAUCCUUUCUCAGAUUUUUGUUUGUGAUUAUAACACUACGGAAUCUAUAUCCGACAACACGUGGACUCUGUCACUUACCGAUAACGUUUAACACACUUUAAUAGUCACAGGAGAGGCCAACACCUAGCCCACUCACAGUGGUCUCCCUUUAAUUUUAGUAACUUAUACUUCAGCACGCAUAGAAUGCAUGCAUAGUUUACAAACGGUCUCCGCAGAAUUAGAAUUUAAAGUAAAUUUUUUUUUCUGCAUUUCAUUUCACGACGCAUUUAUCCCCCUUCAUUGUUGCUAUAAUAAUGUUAUCGCGUCAGGAUCGAGACGCCAGGGAAAUGGAUGAGGAACAGCGGGAGAAGGUUUAAAGGCCCCAUUCAGCACACUAUAGAACGAUGCGGCCAUGACGUUAUCGUACCAUUGGUGUAACGUGAUGACACGUUUUUUAAAUUUUGAUGUAUUUUAUUUAAAUGUCUCCAAAUUUACAAGAAACCUUCGCAAGAAAGGAUGUCAUGAAAACAGUUGUACAUUCCAAGCUUUGUUUUAGGCCACGCUAAAGAAACGAAAAAAACAACAACAACAACAAAAAACACAACGAACACAUGUAGUUAUAAAAAUGCACUAUUCUCUAUGUAACAAAGUCACUGACGCUACCGGAUGGCGAUGAUUUCAUUUAUUAAAAUUCCCGAUAACUGCGCUUCAUGAGAUUCUUAAAAAUACCGGAAGUGCGUUUUAAAAAAAACAAACAACAGUGCAUUAUACCCUUACAAAGUAACCCUUGCAACCAAUGAAAUAUCCUCAUCAACACAAGGCACAGAAACAUUGCAAAUCCCCCUCAGCAUGAAUUGGAGCAACAAUGAUCAAUAAAUUGAUCGUGGGCCCUUAAGAUAUAGAAGAAGAAGAAUCCUUUACAUUAACUUCGCUUUGGUUGGUGGAGGGCUGCCUGGCUGGCAAACUCUGCGGAUGGCCCAUUUAUUCACUUCACGUCAACCUAUCGCACUGAAACUUAGCCCAUAGACUCGUUGCCGAUGACAACAUAUGCUAACAAAUGUCUCAUUUUAUUGGUUAAAAGUAGUGGUUCUCAAUCUUCCUAAAGCCGAGACCUUUUAAUACAGUUCCUCGUGUUGUUGUGGCCCCCAACUUUAAAAUUAUUUUUGUUGCUUCUUCAUAAUUAAGUGUUUUCCGACGGUCUUAGGCGACACCAGUGUAAGGGUCGUUCGACUCGCAAAGGGGUCGCGACCCAUAAUUCUCAACAGCUGGUUUUGAUAGUGUACUUCAAAAAUGUCCUUAAGGUGAUACUUUUUAGCUGUUAAAAUUCAUCCAGCUUAAUAAAACUUUGAAAUUCACCAAAAAGAAUGCACUGUGCAAAUGAAUGAUUGGUUCUAAAAUAAACCUAGAAGAAGAUGCAUUUGGUGUGUAAAUCUAUCUGUGCACAGCUAGGGAGUCGAAUUUUUUUAGCAGUAAUGGCCCACCCCCUUAAAAAACAACAAACAACAACAAAAAAAAAAAAAAAAAAAAAAACAAAAAAAAAAAAAAAAAAAAAAAAAAAAAAAAAAAAAACAGGAAACGAUAUGAUUAAAAUUUAGAAAGAAAAAAAAAAUAAUCGGAACAAAUAAAAUUUAAACGAUGUUUAUAAUAGUUACAAAUACAUUUUCCUAUUGUAAAACAAAUUUUAAAAAAAUACAAUAGAAAGCUUACGCCUUCUUUUCUGACAUUUUUGUGUUUUAAAUUGUGAUACAGCGAUAUAGGGGGGAUACAGGGAUACGGUUUGACUACUAAUAAACUAGAGUAAGUUACAAGAGCAACUGCUUGUGUUUUAGAACAGUGGUUCUUAACCUGGGUUCAAUCGAACCCCGGGGUUUCGGUGAGUCAAUCUCAGGGGUUCGGCGGAGGUCCAAAAACAUUUCAGGGGGAAAAAAAUUUUUUAAAAUUUUUUUUCUAUUAAGAAGGGUUCGGUCAAGGCGCAUAUGAAACUUGUGGGGUUCAGAAGCUCCAAAAAAGGUUAAGAACCACUGUUUUAGAAUUAGAAACAUACGAGAGGAAGUGAAGAGGAAAUCAUGAAAUAUAAUUCUUAAAGUUAAAGCAAAACGAAUGAUGAGAAAAAAAAAAUAAGAAGAAGAAGAAAAGAACAGGUGCACGGGUUUUCCCAGGCUGUUGUUAAUAAAAGAACGAAACUAUUUCACGGCGUGAUCCCCUUUUAUUGUGACAGGUUUCGUCGUUUUUCUUUGUGUGUAAACAAGGCGACGUUGAGGGGAGUCCUAGCGGCUUAAAAUAGCCGUAAUUAAAAUUAGAAGAAAACCCCCUGGUUUAGGGCAGUAGGUCACGGUUAGCACAAGCGUGUUGUUUGUUUUCUUUAAGCACAUAGCACGCUUUCCUCACUCUCUACUUUAAGGGUUGGUUCAGCUUACUUACCAUAUAUGGCAGGGAUCAUUUACUGACCGGGGGGGGGGGGGGGGGGGCGGAGUAUUGUUGCUUAAAAUACAAUAAUGGGAAAAAAAUAAACUAGGGCUUAAACCGGAUGCAUUUUUUAAAACCCCGGUUGGGGGGGGGGGUGGUUCCCAAGUAGUAAAAAAAAAAGAGUGACCUUCUCUUUUCUAUAAUACAUACCCUCCUUUAAACAAUAGGCCGACAGAAAUCCUACGCACAGUCAUACAGAUAGUGCCACACCACACACAAGGGGCUAUUUAUUAUUGAUUAAUAUAAUUGUCGCCGCCGAAAAUAAUUCAACCUUUUUACCUGAGUUCAUCCGUCACGCAUCAAGCUCUCUGCUUGACAGCCUUUUUCCCCACUCAGCACUAUUAAUAUAACACAUUUUGAAAGGAGGAAGGCCGGCUGUGAUAUGGAGCCAUCACACCAGAAGCAGCAAAAUAUAUUAUAAUAGAAGACCUUAAAAUGAAAAAAAAAUCUUUUUAAAAUACCCCCCCCCCCUCAAACCGCGUCCCCAGCACACACACAGAAAGCUCAGUCGUAGAUUAACAAAUAUAAUUAACUGAAAUAUAAGCUCUAACAAACUUGAAGAAGUAUCUUAAAUUAAACUUAUUUCAAUAAAAAACUUAAAUCUAAGGAAAAGGUUUAUAACAUUAUAUUUUUUUCCCCUCAAAAUUACGAUGUUAUAAUUUGGUAAAACUUAAAUCAACAUAAGACGCUAAGUGUUCCGCUAUUGUGUCUGUUCGUAGAUGUCUUACCGCAAUAGUAAGUCAAGGUCACUGGGAAUCAUUGUUAUACUAUUAUGGUAAUAAGGAAGAAAAAAGUUCGUUGAUAAAAUUGUUUUAACCUUCCAUUAACAGUAACAAAUUUAUGUUUGAAUCAUUUCAAAUUAAUCCUAAUAAAUUGCGAAAAAUGCUUCACCAAUAACGGUCAAUGUUAUUUUAAGUGCUAGUCCGAGCAGUUGAGAAACUGAUUUAAACCUUUGACCCCCCAUCCCCCACUCCCGGUUUUGGUUUAUUGAAUUUAAAUGUCUCUAAAAAGAUUAUUAUUCCGAGAGUAAAAGUGGGAAGUUUAAACACAUUUGGGGGCUUUCACGUGACAUUACAAUAGUUGCCCCUUGACCCUUAGACACACGAGGACACAUUUUAACGUGGCAGGAAUUAAAGAAUGUUUGUGGUCGUUGAAAACAGAAAGUUGGAAAAUCUCUCUACGUGUGGUAUCGUCGUUAUUAUAACACGUUUGAGUAAAGAAGAAUAGAUUCAGACUCUGAUGGAGAAAAGUAACAUCUUUCAUGGGGUGCUGAGAUUUGUGGAAAAUAUUUUACCUACUCUCACUUUAGACUAAUCGGAGAUCAUACUCUGACUUUAGACUGCUUGGAGAUCAUAAAGGGAAGAAGAAAGACAUAAUCAAUUCAUAAUAUUUUAUUUCUUAUACCAAACAAAAGUACAUUGAUUUUUCACGCCUAACAAAGGCGUUUUUAAAAGUGGCGUAGACAAGGAGGGAGUCAUGAAGCCGCAGUACCUCCCAGGGCAAAUUUUCUACCCGUACCGAUCGUCACUAACCCUAGUUACGCCCCUGGUUUGGGGACUUUGGUUCGGUGAUUGAUGCCUCUGUUUAUGUCAGACUCAUUGACCUAAUUAAUGAAUUAUUAGAUACGAUACCGGAUUUGUAUACUUAUUAGAUGUGAGAUGGGCUCAUUAAGAAUUGGAAUUGAAAAUAAUUUCUCAGCUAUCUGUAUAAACUGAAUGGAAUUUUAAUGUUAAAAAAAUAGGAUUCAAUACAUUUGAUAAGAUUGUGUAUUAGUGUUAUUGUUACAACAAUCAUUAUGUUAGUUAUGUGUGUGAUUGUUUAAAAAACCGUAGUUAUCGCACUUUCAAAAUUUUGCGAUAUCCUCAGCUCCUGUAAGUGUCACACCUUUAAGGUAGCAGUAGUAGUAGUAGUAGUAGUAGUAGUAGUAGUAGUAGAAGCAGUAGUUGUAUUAGUAGUUGUAGUAGUGAUCACGUGUCCUAAGCAAAUAUCUCCCCCUUUCAAAGACUUCUCUAGAGCUUGCUUCCCCAUCUUAGUAAAUUUUUGUAGGCCAAAUAUCGCGUGAAUAAAGCUUACAAUGUAAUGGAAAAUUUAUAUUUAGUUACCAUAUGCUAAUUUUACUGAUACGAGAAUGAUAAAUAUAGUUUAACUUAUAAUAUUAAGACAAGACAUUCAACCAAUUAUGGCUUAGGCGUCACCAAGACAGGAAGUAAUGUUUAUUAAUUAUUUUUUUAAAAAUAUUGAUGUAAAAAAACAAAAAAAACAAAAAACAAUCAAAUAGCAAUUAGUCAUGAGAUCAUUGGAAAUUUAAAUUAAGAUGUUUAUAAAAUUUCUGGAUAUUAGCGUAGUCUCCAUUGGGUGUAUUGACGGCACAAUCAAAUAUAUUCUGUAUACAAAAGUUAUAUCUUUACCUCCAUUUCAAAAUAUAAGAUAAUAGUAAUAAACGGCGGACAGUGUUCCAGUCGUGUGAAGGAAUUAGUGUAACAAGGUAUGUGGAACCUUGAAAUAAUAUAUAUUGUCCGAUCUUUAUAUUAAAAGCUUCCACAUAUCUUGCUCCACUUUUUCCUUUAAAGUAUGCAUUGCCUCUUCCCCAGUGUAUCAUAAAUAAUAAAGACUCAAACGAGAGUUUCGGGAUGAGGUCGGGGUUUCGUUUGAGAAACUACAAAUACCUAAAAACACUGCAGUAAAUUAAAGAUGAUUUGACUCAACUUUUGACGUCUCAUAAAUGUCUAUAUCAGACUUAAAUGUAUAUAUCAGCCUUAAAUGUGUAUGUCAGCCUUAAAUGUAUAUAUCAGCCUUAAAUGUAUAUAUCAGCGAUACUGUCAAUACUGUAAAGAAGGCCGAUGAUCCGGGCUAGUUUCUCCACAAUAUAACUUCCUAAAGAUCACUUCUAAAAUAUUAUUUCACAAUAUCACUUCCCAAAAGAUAACUUCUAAAAAAAAAAUCUGGAAGGGAACUUCAGUGAGAUCACUUCUUUGAAAAUCCUCUCAUACAUCUCUCCCAGACAUCCCUCACAAAUAUAUCUUCACAAGUAACACUUCGAAAAGAUCACUUCUUAAAUACCCCUUCCCGGGGAUCCCUUCCUAAAGGUCCCAUUCCAAAUAUCACAUUCUAAAGAUCUGUUCUCAACGAACUCCUUUGAUGUUUUUACUACAAUUAUUGUUCCACUAACUAAAGACCAUGCCGUUCAUGUACCCACGAUUCGAUUAAACGAACUGACAGGGUGAUCAUCGCCAACGGACAGGUCCAUAUGGAACAUGUCAGCGGCGUAAUUGGAUUUCCUGUCUUGUAACAAGGGAGAUAAAAAGACGUGCAUUACUUAUUAGCAUUAUCAGUUAUCUGCCUCCUAGCUCUCUGUUUACCACGUUAUUCUUGUUUCCUUAAAUAAAACAUUUUGGUUACACUCUCACAAAUACAAGCUGUUUAAAAUAUAUAUUUGUCUCUAAAUUUCCCAACUCAUAUGUAUUACCCAUAGAAUUAAUUCAAAACAGUGUAUGCCUAAUUUUAGACUACAGCUUAUAGCCCCCAAAGUUCCCGGGCACCAGCCAUUUAAUGGAAAGUUUAAAACCAAAAUGAAAUAUAACGUCUUGCGGUUCAAAAAUUAUUGAUAUUAAAUAAUAAUAAUAAUGAAAAACAAAGAUUUCUCUCUAUAAAAAAGUGACAAAUGGCGAUGAAUGCGUGGAUUAAAAAAAGGAUAUCUUAAAUGAAAGCUCUUUGAGUCCCCUCCCAAUAAAAAUUGAUCGAUUGAAAAUACUGGUUUACGAUACAUCUCUGCAUGUAUAUUUUAAUAGAGGAACCUCAGAAAGAUGAUAGUGCAAAAAAAAAGAGUCCCUAUUCAUUUCUUUUCCUUGUAUUCAGUAGUAAGGAGACACUUUUUAAGAUUACGAUGUUGCUUUUUUUCACAAUCCAACCCAAUUCAGAUUCAAAUACAUUUCAAAUAUUAUAAUUAUUUAUAUGGUUUUCAAAUACUUGAAUAAAUACCGAUGGUGUUUGCUGAACAAAUCUAACGCAAAAUCUAAAACAAAAUAAUAAAAGAUAAUUAAAAAAAAAAAACAAUUUGUGAAAUUUUACGUAUUCAGAAAUAAAAUAAAAAUUACACUACAUAUAAUUAAGUCCCCUUGUCUGGGUUGUUUUAAUUUAAUCCUUAUAUAUAUAUAUAUAUAUAUAUAUAGGCAUCCAGCUUUCUUAGCCGUAAGAGAUUUUGACUUAUUUCCCUAAAAGUAUAAGAGACGGUAUAUACUGAAGGAUUGUACACGUUAUUUAAAUAAAAAUUAAUAUUUGUAUUUUUCGAGGAUUGUACCUUUUCCCUUGCAGAUGAUAUCGUUUUUUUUGUUUCUGUAUAUUUGAAUUUGUAUUUUAUAGAGGUUUAAUAGUAUAUUUAAACUGAAUAGUGUUAGUAUCAAUACCUUUGUUUCUUUGUAUAACGUUUUUCAGUCUGUUGACAGAAGAUGGCGGCCAGUGGGCUUGUCUAAAUUAAUUUUAAAAAAGUAUAUAGUACUGGCUGAACGCAAGUUUUUUAUGGGUGGCCAGUUGUCUUGUGGCCACCCUGCUUACGUCUACGAAGUUCCGGUUGCGUGUCUAUUAAUCUAAACACCAAUAAUGCCAAUGGCAUAAAGUAACGUGACAUUGUGACUAGAGGCGAUGACACACGGUUUACAAGGAUCCGUGGCGCGCUAGCUGAGAUCCUAGAGGUUCAAGUGCCCCAAGAGAUAUUCCCACGGUCAUCCACCGUCAGCUCAACCUUGAUAGAGUUGGUGAUUAAGAUCCACAAAAAUACGUAUUUUUUUUUCUCAAGAGGGUAAAGUUCUCACGGUCACUGCUUGAGGUCAUCUUACCAGAAUGACCUUAACUAAGUGACGCAUGGUUCAAGUACAUAACGAUAGUCUUAUUGCCGGUAUCAUUGCACAUUUUCUACCUCACUGACUCAUCCAAAUGAUAACAUUUCAUUGAGAUGAUAUUAAAUCGUCUGCCAAAAAUUUUAUAUUGCUGCGUUAUUUCGCAAUAUUUUUUUUUUUUUUUUUUUUUAAAGGCGAAAUUCCAAUGUUUUUUUUUUCCUAGAAUUAAAUAUGAUCAUAUGGUUUGAAAUCUUGAAAGAGUAUCAAAUUAUACUAUUUAUUUCAUUGAGAUGAUAUUAAAUCGUCUGCCAAAAAUUUUAUAUUGCUGCGUUAUUUCGCAAUAUUUUUUUUUUUUUUUUUUUUCUUAAAGGCGAAAUUCCAAUGUUUUGUAUUUCCUAGAAUUAAAUAUGAUCAUAUGGUUUGAAAUCUUGAAAGAGUAUCAAAUUAUACUAUUAUACAGUCUUAUCUAUACAUCAGUAACUCACUCUUAAAAUUAGUAAUGAAUUAUUAAGAGAACUAAUAGAUUCACAUAUUUAAAACGCCAAAAAAAGAAAUGAAAAGAUCCGACAAUUUAUCCUUGAAUCUACAACUUCUCAAUGUCACCGCAUUGUUUACCUUAGCAACCAUUUACUGGUUUACAAACGACUGUUUUCCAAAGGUGAAUAUACCAAUAAAUGGCCCAAGAAACAACCUUAAACCCUUUAAAGUGUCUAGCUGUAUCUUUCAUUAUUACAGUGUUAUAUCUAGGUCAUAGAUCGGCAUUAUAGUUCAUGACAAUGUCAUCUAGGUCAUAGAUCAUUACACUUUUUGACAAUGUUAAAUCUAGGUCAUGGGUCAUCACAGUUCAUGACAAUGUCAUAUCUUGGUCAUAGGUCAUUAAAGCUUAUGACAAUACCAUAUCUAGGUCAUGGAAACUUAUGAUAAAAAAUGUAUUAAAUAUUUCAAGAAAUGAUCUACCCAACCAUAUAACAAAAUCUUCCCUUUCAUUUGGUUAUAAAGAGAUCAUGAGGGUGGUGCCAGUGAGUUAUGAAGAGUUAAUGAGGGUGGUGCCAAAGUGGUAUGAAGAGUUCAUUAAGGUAAUUCCAAUGUGUUGUGUUGAGUCCAUGACGCUGGUGCUUGACUUUGCCUCACCAACUUAAACCACAAUCGUUAGGCCUCGCUUAAUUCACGUCAAACACAGACACUUCAAAAUAUUCAUGAAUGGUCGUUCGGAUUUUAAAAAAAAAAUGUGUCUGGAGUCUGCCUAGCAUAUUCCGCGAAACAAAAUAUUUGUUAUUUUCGAUAGAGCAGACUAAAAAAUACUGCUCUCCCAAAAAGCGCCCCCGGAGCGGAUCACUUUUCUACCUCCUUAUUUCCUACGUCAGGGAACCCUUAGACACAAAACCUAAAAAACGUUCCUUUGUCUUUCUACUUCCAGGGAACCCUUGUCACGAAACCUGAAGUGUUCAUUUCAAAAUUUGAAGCCAUUACUUUCAAACCGAAAAAAACUUCUACAAACCUAAUUUAGAUCUUGACUUACUUAGAGAUAUAUUUAAAAAAAUAAUAAAUCCAAAUAUUGAUGCUGUCUGAAACCUCUGGUCUCGUUCUUUAUUGUAUUCAGCUCAUACGAUUUUGACCUCCAUGUUUUCACGUACUCAGCUCAGGCGAUGUUGACCUAUAUGAUUUCACGUAUUCAGCUCAGGCGAUGUUGACCUAUGUAAUUUCACGUAUUCAUCUCAGACGAUGUAGACCAACGUGAUUUCACGUAUUCAGCUCAGACGAUGUUGACCUACAUGAUUUCAUGUAGUUUCAAAAUGGGACCCAUUGGUAUUUCAAUGCUUAUAUUUAUUCAUACAUGACAUAUCAAUGAUUAAAUUUUGUAGUUUAAUUUUACAGGUUUUAUUACAAUGUUUAUAUUAUAUAUCAAAUGUUUACAGCUAAAUUAUUUAAUUAAAUUGGCUAAAUUUCAAUGUUAAAAUUUCUUUACAUUUUUUUAAUGCUGUUUUAAAAAAAACAAAAAACAAUUGCUAUUUUUAAAUGGUUUCUCAUUUGAUAUGUGCCUGUAUCUUGCAGCACAAGCAUCAAAUAAAAGCAAAUUGAUAUGUCAUAGUUUAGGCCUGAUAAUCAACUCCAGACUACACAAAGGUACCACGCAAAAGUACCGUAACUCUGUUCAAACCCUCCAGUAGUGCUGCAUAUAAGAGACUCUUCGGCUUAACGUGUUUCUAUUGCACGUUGAUACACGCGUUGCUGGCAAAACAUAAUAAUGUACUUACACGUAUCAACACAUUUUGUAAACAACUUCACACUACCCUUCCCCUCUCCCACAUCCUCGGCCAGUUACUUUAAAGUGAACUCUCCAACCCAGCACCACAGCGUAGAGUCAAACGAGCCGACCCAGAUCUGACACACUGCAGUAUACAUAAGCAAUGACAUAAAGACCAUGGCACACACACACACAAACGACACAGCGGGGCCGGACACAGUUACUUUAUGCGACAGCUUGUACCAGGAAGUAAACAUCUAUAGGAUCUACCACAUGUGAGCUUAUUGCCGUAUACAUCUAGACCUUCAUAUUAUAACCCAAUCUCGUUUGUAGAUUUCGAGUGUGUUCUAAGGUCUUCCUUUCAAGCUUUUGUCCAGUCAUUUGUACACACUAAAGCUGUGUAGAUUUCAGUGAGGACUAUUCACCUGUUCUUUUUGUGUGUGUGGAUUUGAAGGUUCAGUACAUGCUUGGAUAGUUUACUUAUCUUGUGUGACCUUAUCAUGUGCAAUGGUUGAUUGAUAUUAUCAGGUUAAGACGGACAGAAUGUCCUAGGGGUGAAACUAUUUAGACCAUUUAGUGUAGUAUAAGUGAUAUCAGUUGUAUUAUUAUGAGACUUCACUAUUGAAAUCAGCGUAGGAGGUAUGCGGUUUAAAAUGUGAUAACAGUUUUUUGUUGUUGACAUUUGGGUUAUCCAUUUGAUUACUUCGAUUGUAUAAAAUCUGUAUCUGAGACAUCGCGGAGUGAAUGACAUCAUAAAAUUUAUUGCCGCAAUGCGCUAUAAAAAAGACUUUUGACUCCACAAUUUGUUGACGAUGCCCAAAACUAAAUUUUCGGCUCUUUGAAAUUUCUGUCAAGCAAAUAUUUCCUGUCUAACAAGGUCUAAAACAGUGUCAAAUUUUUAAAAAAAAAAAUAUAUCCUUAAUGAUAUUAUUAUAAUUCCACCAUUGCCUCAUUUCUCUUAACCUUAAUUGAUUUCCUCCCCUGUCCCCCUUAUUAAACUUAAAUUAGCUGCAAUGUUGCUUUUCGCAAUUGUUAUCUGUUCACAGAUGGCAAAACUUGGAUCUUCUGCUCUAUUGGCGGCAUUAAGAAAUCGUUUUACUUAAUAAAGCAAUAAAUAGUGCAACGACAAUUAGUCCAGUCACGAUCGAGCUAAAACACUUCCUUCAUAUUCAAUAUAUAAAUAUUAAUCGACAGCUUGUUAUUAUCGCUGUAGGCCAAGGGUUCUUAAGCAUUUCACGGCGGGGGCCUCCUCGCUUGAUAUCAAAACAUUUACCCCCCCCCCCACAACGAUAAAUAAAAACGCAAAGAAACCUGAUAUUCUGGGUCUUCCCGCGCACCCUGACACUGCCUCCCGCAACGCCACGGGGGUGCUGGAACCCCUUGUGAGGGACCCCUGCUGAAGGAAUAUGCCUGAUCUCCUAUAGUGCGCUUGGCCUUGCACUUACCCUGUUGACAAAGGAAGUAUUUAAAUUCUUAAAAUGCAAGACUUGUAAGACGAGAAGGGAGAAAAAUAAAACCCUUAAGAAUAUUUUAAAUACAUUUAUUUACAUUUUACUCUCCGUAACCACUCUCAAAUUUUAAUUUGUCAAAGUUGGAGUCACGGCGCCAGCCUGCGAUCUCUUUCAAAUGAUUUGAUACGUUUUUCGUAAUUAAUUUUAUAGACAUAUUAAAAAAAUUCAUUAGAAAAAAAACACAUCUUCUGAAGGAAAUGAACAUGUUAGACGCUGUUAACGUCUCAGAAAAUAUGCAUCAAUCAUUAUCGCAAUUUAGAACUUUGAAGUGGCGCUACAAUGCUAGCCGAAAAAAACGCCCCGUUCUGAGUUGUCGACACUCUCCUCCUCCCUCCCCCCCCACCUCCUCACGCACGUAAGACGUGCUUAAAUGCAAUGAUAUUUUGUCAACAAAAAAUGACAGCAACAACCUCGGCUUUAAAUUUCGUGCCCAAGAACGCGUCACUAGAUGGACAUAAGACCGUAAGCAUAAUAAGUAUUUAGAUAAGUGUGGCGCUUUGACGGGAAACCGAGGCAAUGUCUCAUACACUAAUGUUGUCAUGGGAUGAUUUUGUUGUUAUGAAGCACUAGUAACACUUAUAAGGCACUUGAUGUUCUCGUGGGUCCAAGUGCUAAGGUCAACACACAUCACUGUACAUACUCGGUUUAAAACAGGUGUGCCGCGACACAGUGGCGUGACAUUGGUGAGCCGUGACUAAUAGGCGUGACAUAUGUGUGUCGCGACUCAUUGGCGCGAUAUUAGUGUGUCGCGACCCAUUGGCGUGAUAUUAGUGUGCCGCGACUCAUUGGCAUGAUAUUUGUGUGCCGCGACUCGUUGUUGUGAUAUUAGUGUGUCGCGACUCAUCGGCGUGAUAUUAGUGUGUCGCGACUCAUUGGCGUGAUAUUAGUGUGUCGAAACUUAUUGGCGUGACAUUGAUGUGUCGCAACUCAUUGGCGUGACAUUGGUGUGUCGCGACUCAUUGGCUUGACAUUGGUGUGUCGCGACUCAUUGGUGUGACAUUGGUGUGUCGCGACUCAUUGGCGUGACAUUGGUGUGUCUCGACUCAUUGGCGUGACAAUGGUGUGUCUCGACUCAUUGGCGUGACAAUGGUGUGCUGCGACACGUUGGCAGAAGAAUCGCAACACUUUGACUUAAAUGAAUUACAUCUGACAUUAGGAAUAUGUUUGGGGGAUUUAGCCAAGAAGAUAACACUGUGCCUUAGUUACAAUCCACAUAAUCCAAUCAAGAUAACGGGCGUUGGAUUGUUGUUUUUUUACCAAAGAUUUAUCCAGGCAUGUUGGCCCUGUCCACAACUUGGGUUCAAACCCAUUAGUUAUCGGCCCACAUCAUCCAACCUAUCACACGAUGGCAGGAUUGACACCUCAACAACAUAAAACGUACGGACAUAUAAUCAAUCUUUUAAGUAUUUAGGGAUCAGCACGUUUUGCUAUGAACACAUUUGUUACAACCGUUGAGCUACCAAACAAUAAGUAUCUUUGUGGCGUAUGAAUAAAUCGCCUCCAAGUACAUCCAUAAUUUCAAAUGACGCUCGCAUUAAAUGGCUCCUGUUUAAUGGCCAUACAGUUGUAGAGCAAACAAAAACACUAUACAUGCUGAGAAGAACAGGUUUUUAUUUUGGUUUAAAGGCCCUUUGAAAAUCUUUCUUUUUUCUUUCUUUUUUUUAUUUCGGACAACCACAAAUUUUGUCGGACUUUUACAAAAGGUAAAUUUAUGUCAACACUUUACGGGCUGUACGUAUAUUUUCGGACGGUCGGAAACCAGUGGCGUAGAUCGGGUUAGUGCCGCCCGGGGCGGAACUUGCGUUAUCUUUCCAUUAAAAAAAUUAUACUUAUUGUCAAAAAUGCCACCGCUCCGUAUCACGUAACACAGAAAAAAAAAAGUGCAAUCCGGAGGUUGAACGCCCCUCCGAAUCCCAUUCCAACGCCCCUGUCGGCAGCCGUGCAUGAUCGCCCCUCCGAAUCCCAUUCCAACGCCCCUGUCGGCAGCCGUGCAUGAUCGCCCCUCCGAACCCCAUUACAACGCCCCUGUCGGCAGCCGUGCAUGAUCGCCCCUCCGAAUCCCAUUCCAACGCCCCUGUCGGCAGCCGUGCAUGAUCGCCCCUCCGAACCCCAUUCCAACGCCCCUGUCGGCAGCCGUGCAUGAUCGCCCCUCCGAACCCCAUUCCAACGACCCUGUCGGCAGCCGUGCCUUAUCGCCCCUCCGAACCCCAUUCCAACGCCCCUGUCGGCAGCCGUGCAUGAUCGCCCUUCCGACAGAUACCAAACCGAUGCAGUGAAAUUGAAACAACCAAUGGCGAUAUUCUCGCGUAGCUGCCACCACGUCUUACAUGUUCUGACAUUCACUUUCACUCUCACCACUUGGUUGGUCAUUUCUUUCAUUGCACUUCUCAGCGGGGCACAACGUCUGCAACAACCGUGGAGCUAAACAUUCACCGUAAUCGAAAAUGUUGGGAUUCUUUGACAUGCCCCGCACCGGGAAGUAUAUCAGGUUCCACGUAUAUUGACCACAUUUGUGUACUAACGCCUACAAGUAAACGCAGUUCAUUUAUUGAUACCGUGUUUCGUUAGUGGAUAUCCCCCACCACUUCGCUUCUCUCACAGCAAGGGUUCUUAAACGUCGCUUAACAAACAUCCGUCCAUUUGGUAUAAGGUGAAAUAGAGUGGAGCUUUCGUUCGUUUCGUGUGAAUGAAAUAUUGAGAACAGGACAGAUAGCAGCUGAUCAAGAACACGGGAUUGUGAAAUUAACGUUUCGGCUAAACGCUUUCCUCUGCGAAAGCAAAUUAAAGGACAUACGAAAGUCAAAUGUAUCUUGCAAUGAUUUUCAUAAGGAAACUGGCUCAAAAACUGGGAAGAAAGUUUUACUUCUUUUUAAAAAAACAAGUAAUGUCAAUGACAAUUAGAGAUUGUAAGCAUAAUUUUCUUCUCUGUAACGAGAAUCAAAACGCAAACUGUUGAGCUCUUCCUUGGAUUCAGCAUUUGGCUAACCAAGGAAAAAUGUGUCUCUGGUAGAAAAAAAAUCUAAAACAGACAUUUUUAUGCAUUCUUCUUUGUUUACGCCAAUGAAUGUACACUUGGUUUUCACCAAUGAAUGCACACUUGGUUUACACUAAGGAAUGCACACUUGGUUUACACCAAGGAAUGCACACUUGGAUUAAACCGGGGGAAUGCACACUUGGUUUACACCAAGGAAUGCACACUUGGUUUACACCAAGGAAUGCACACUUGGUUUACACCAGGGAAUGCACACUUGGUUUAUAUGAGGGAAUGCACACUGGGAACGGAAACGCUCUCAGCAACGGAAGUCAGAUCGCAUUACUGAAAUAAUACGGAUAGGAUGUAAGGCUAUAAACGGUAAAAACAAAUUGUUUUUCAAGUGCUUGAAACAAGAGAUUCUCCAUGAGAAAUGCGUCUUUUUAUUUUUACAUUUACUUUGUGUAAUAGAUACGAAAAGAUGGAUUUCUAAUAUUGAAGCAAAUAGUUUGUGUGGGGGAGGGGGGGGGUAGUGUUAUGAAGGAGUAGAGUUACAGGAACAAAAGGGAACAACGUCAAGGUGAAGGUCACUGAUGUGCGUAGAUAGAAAGAGUUUUUUUAUUCUUUGUCUCAAACAAAGUUUACUCUUCUCUGUUAAGUGAUACUGCCCAAACUAAAUGUGCUAAAGGAUUUAAAAAAAAUCUCCCUCUAUCACUUUCUAUGUCUCCUUAUAUAGCUCCCUAACUACAACUCUCCAUUUAUAUCUCUCUUUCUCUCCCCCUCUCUCUUUCUCUCUCUCCCAAUGUUCUCAUCUCACUCCCAAACUACAUCACUGCCUCGCUCAUUUUUUUCGUGUCACUCUCUUUCUGACUCUCUCUCUUUCUCUCCCUCCCUCUCUCUUCCUCUUAUCUCACUCCCUCCCUAUAUCUCCCCCUCUCUUUUUUUCUCUGCUUCUGUCCUCAUACCACGCCCUCCUCAUCUUGCUCCUUCCCAGCAUCUCUUCCUCUCAUACUCUCUCCCGCUCUCUUUCCCCAACUCACUCCCUCCCAGCAAAUUUUCUCUCUCUUUACCUUCCUAUCUCCAUCACCCUCUCCGCCUUUCUCCCCCGCUUUCUCUAUGUCCCUUCCCCUCUCUGGAUGCUCGUAUUUGUGUAUUAUGUAUUUUAAAACAUCUGACCGUGUUAAGAGUACUUGUGUGUUUCUCAAUCCUAUACACUGAAACCAUGUUCCGGAAAAUGUCAACAUCCCCGAUUCAGUUGUUGAAAUGAGCUUCCACUCUACCCACAGGCUAUUAAUAUUGCAGUAGCUUAAAAGAAGCGAUCAUCCACCCUGGAUGGCACUUACUUUGGGGGUCGGUAUUUUCGGGCCACUUCAUACUGUACAUCAGCGUUUCUAAAACUUUUAAAUUGGGCUGAUUGGUGUACACGUUUUGUCCACCAGGGACCGCUGCCAGAUUUAUUGAUUACCUUUUCUUUUUAUUCGACCAUACCUAUUCAUGUUGUCCGGACCGGCAAAGUAAGGCUCUAAGCGCGACGCUGCUCCGUGGACCACCAUUUGAGAAACACUGCUAUAUAUUGUAUACUUUUUAUGUGUUUCGUCUAAGAGUUGAUUGUCUGUUACAAUAUCCGGUUUAAUCUAAAUGACAACUAUGAGCGUGCAAUAGCACAGCGCUUUUUCGUAGACUCUCGACAGGGGAUCUAAAUUUAUUUUGGGAAGAACGUUGAGAGCGUCUCUAAAGAAAUGUGAAGUAGAAAUUAAGACUUACGAAGAGAAACAAAUUUGGGAUAUUGCACAAAAAUUGGAAUAAACAUAUUUUUAUGACACAUAUACACGGUCAGUGGCGUCAUAAACAUAAUGUUAGGACACAUACACUGUCAGGGGGGCGUAAAUAUAAUGUUAGGACAAAUGCACUAUCAGGGUUGGGGUCGUAAACAUAAUGUUAGGACACAUUUACAUGGCCAGUGGCUUCAUUUGGGUUGAUGUCACCCAGACACUGAUACUGAUGGUGUCAACCUCUCCAGACUUCCCCACGGACAUUCUCUGAAUCUGCUUCUCUUCUUUAUGACACCCUGCUCAGGCGACACCCUGCUCAGGUGACACCCUGCUCAGGUGACAUUCUGCUGAGGUGACACCCUCCUCAGGUGCACCCUGCUCAGGUGACACCCUGCUCAGGUGACACCCUGCUCAGGUGACACUCUGCUGAGGUGACACCCUCCUCAGGUGACACCCUGCUCAGGUGACACCCUCCUCAGGUGACAUCCUGCUCAGGUAUCAUCCUGCUCAGGUAUCACCCUGCUCAGGUGACACCCUCUUCAGGUGACACCCUGCACAGGUGACACUCAGCUCUAGUGACAACCUCCUCAGGUGACACCCUGCUCAGGUGACGCGCUUGCUAUUUGUAUUAAAAGUACAUCGAUCGUUCAUAUUCCUUAAACAUCAAUGUUAAUAUAGUUCAAGUGAUUAGUGUCUGGGGAAAAAGUAAAGCAAUUUACAUUUUAUUUCGCCAUCUUUCGGAAAUUAUGCAGUCAUGGUAAUUUUGGUGAUGUGGAAAAAUAGUUUUGCUAGCACACACCUCAAUUUUAAUACUGUCAUGCAUAAAGUAAAUAUAUUAAACCUAAAAUUUUCCAAGUGUUGGUCACCCCUAGCUCUUCAAUAGCUAUGCCCCUGCGGGAGACACAGUUUUGACUCCCAGAGGCACACCAAUGGCUAUGACACUGUGGGAGGCACAGUUUUGACUCCCUAGAGGCACCCAAAUAGCUAUGGCACUGUGGGAGGCACAGUUUUGACUCCCUAGAGGCACCCCAAUAGCUAUGGCACUGUGGGAGGCACAGUUUUGACUGCCAGAGGCACCCCAUAGCUAUGGCACUGUGGGAGGCACAGUUUUGACUCCCAGAGGCACCCCCAUAGCUAUGGCACGGUGGGAGGCACAGUUUUGACUCCCAGAGGCACCCCAAUAGCUAUGGCACUGUGGGAGGCACAGUUUUGACUCCCAGAGGCACCCCAAUAGCUAUGGCACUAUGGGAGGCACAGUUUUGACUCCCUAGAGGCACCCCAAUAGCUAUGGCACUGUGGGAGGCACAGUUUUGACUCCCUAGAGGCACCCCAAUAGCUAUGGCACUAUGGGAGGCACAGCAGUUUUGACACCCUAGAGGCACCCCAAUAGCUAUGGCACUGUGGGAGGCACAUUUUUGACUCCCUAGAGGCACCCCCAAUAGCUAUAGCAAUGUGGGAGGCACAGUUUUGACUCCCUAGAGGCACCCCAAUAGCUAUGGCACUAUGGGAGGCACAGCAGUUUCGACACCCUAGAGGCACCCCAAUAGCUAUGGCACUGUGGGGGGCACAUUUUUGACUCCCUAGAGGCACCCCCAAUAGCUAUAGCAAUGUGGGAGGCACAGUUUUGACUCCCUAGAGGCACCCCAAUAGCUAUGGCACUAUGGGAGGCACAGCAGUUUUGACACCCUAGAGGCACCCCAAUAGCUAUGGCACUGUGGGAGGCACAGUUUUGACUCCCUAGAGGCACCCCCAAUAGCUAUAGCACUGUGGGAGGCACAGUUUUGACUCCCUAGAGGCACCCAAAUAGCUGAAGCACUAUGGGAGGCACAGUUUUGACUCCCUAGAGGCACCCCCAUAGGUAAGUCACUGGGAGGGCGGCACACUUUUACUUCCUAGACGCACCCCCAAUAGGUAUGUCACUGGGUAAGGCACAAUUUUGUCUCUCUAGACGCCACCCUAUCACUAUGCCACCGAGAGAGGCACAGUUUAUACUCCCCAGAGGCCUCCACAGAUCUUAUUCCAGCACUAGUUAUUUUCGUGACUUAAGGGCAGUAAAGCGAAUGAGCGCCCCAGGGCGCUACAAUCUCAAUCUACGUAAUGCACUGGCGUAAGAGGGGUGGGUGGAGAGGGCUUUCUUGCCUUUCUUCUUCUAUAUCUUAAGGGCCCAAUAUCAAUUUAUUGAUCAUUGUGGCUCCUAUGCAUGUAGAGGGCAUUUGCUAUGUUUCUGUGGCUGGUGUUGAUGAGGACAUUUCAUUGAUUUCCAGUGCCACUUUGUGAGGGAAUCAUGCACUAGGGGUUUGAAGGCUUGAGGCAAUAGACACAAAUGAGUCUAGUGUUGUCGCCUCAAAUGUUCCUUUUGAAAGCUUGUUCCAGUCCCUGAUUGUCUUGGGCAGGAAUGAGCAGUUCCUAACUGGCUUCUUACUGGUAUGAGCCGGAAUUGCAUGUCAUGGCCUCGUCGCUGUCUAUGGGGGAGAGGGACGAGUUUCUGUUUAAUACUGGAACAUUGGACCAGCCCAUUAUUUAUUUUGUACAUCAUGGAGACCCUGGAUUGUUGACGUCGUUCCUGCAAUGGUGACCAGCCUAGUGUUUCCAGCAUGCUGCCAACACUAGAGGUAUUACUGUAGCGGUUUAGGACAAAGCGAGCCGCCCGUCGCUGGACCGCCUCCAACCUGUCAAUGCUCUUCUGGGUAAAUGGGUCCCAGAUGCAUAAUCUAGAACCGGACGGACAAAGGCUUUAUAUGCUCUUUCUUUUACACAGGAAUUGCCAACCUUUAGAUUUCGCCUUAAGAACCCCAGGGUCUUGUUUGCUUGGUUACAUACAUUGUUAAUAUGCUCGUCCCAGCGGACCUCUCUUUGAAUGGUAACACCCAGAUACUUUACGGAGGAAACUGGCUCAAGUAUAUGGCCGUGCAGUCCGUAUUGGUAGUGUAGACGAGUACAACUUCUAGAGACUGAUAGUGGCUGGCACUUAGCAGGGUGAAAUUCCAUGUCCCAGGUCAUCUCCCACUCAGCUAACAGAUUGAAAUCCUGUUGUACCUGGUCCUGGUCAGAUCUGUUGAGCCCCACUAACUUACCCGAGGUAGACAACUGAUAUUGAAUCACCCUAAAUAACCUUAGGUAGGCCACUGAUAUUGAACCACCCUAACCUACCCUAGUUGUGCCACUGAUAUUGAGCCCCACUAACUUACCCUAGGUAGGCCACUGCUAUUGAAUCACCCUAAAUAACAUUAGGUAGGCCACUGAUAUUGAACCACCCUAACCUACACUAGUUGUGCCACUGAUUUUGAAUCACCCUAAAUAACCUUAGGUAGGCAACUGAUAUUGAACCACCCUAAAUAACCUUAGGUAGGCCACUGAUAUUGAACCACCCUAACCAACCCUAGUUGUGCCACUGAUAUUGAAUCACCCUAAAUAACCUUAGGUAGGCCACUGAUAUUGAACCACCCUAACCUACCCUAGUUGUGCCACUGAUAUUGAAUCACCCUAAAUAACCUUAGGUAGGCCACUGAUAUUGAACCACCCUAACCUAUCCUAGUUGUGCCACUGAUAUUGAGUCCCACUAACUUACCCUAGGUAGACAACUGAUAUUGAAUCACCCUAAAUAACCUUAGGUAGGCCACUGAUAUUGAACCACCCUAACCUACCAUAGUUGUGCCACUGAUAUUGAAUCACCCUAAAUAACCUUAGGUAGGCCACUGAUAUUGAACCACCCUAACCUACCCUAGUUGUGCUACUGAUAUUGAAUCACCCUAAAUAACCUUAGGUAGGCCACUGAUAUUGAACCACCCUAACCUACCCUAGUUGUGCCACUGAUAUUGAAUCACCCUAAAUAACCUUAGGUAGCACUGAUAUUUAAUCACCCUAAAUAACCUUAGGUAGGCCACUGAUAUUGAACCACCCUAACCUACCCUAGUUGUGCCACUGAUAUUGAAUCACCCUAAAUAACCUUAGGUAGGCCACUGAUAUUGAACCACCAUAACCUAUCCUAGUUGUGCCACUGAUAUUAAGUCCCACUAACUUACCCUAGGUAGGCCACUGAUAUUGAAUCACCCUAAAUAACCUUAGGUAGGCCACUGAUAUUGAACCACCCUAACCUACCCUAGUUGUGCCACUGAUAUUGAGCCCCACUAACUUACCCUAGGUAGGUCACUGAUAUUGAAUCACCCUAAAUAACCUUAGGUAGGCCACUCAUAUUGAACCAUCCUAACCUACCCUAGUUGUGCCAUUGAUAUUGAGUCCCACCAACUUACCCUAGGUAGGCCACUGAUAUUUACCAACCCUAACUAACCCUAGGUAGGCCACUGACAUUGAACCAUCCUAACUAACCAUCUGUAGGACACUGACAUUGAACCACCCGGGAGGGGGGGGGUCGGCACUAACCCUAUGUAGGCAACCGAUGCAAGGCGUGCUAAAUGUAUAGGGCCGUACUCUAAAGAUGGAGUUUAGGAUUCCCCCAACACUUAAAAAAAAACCCAACGAUUCCUAGAAACGAGUAAACGAGUUCUAAGACAAGCCGGAAAUGCCUUUCAAUCACAGCAACCUCGACAUCUGCUUCAUACACAUUUUUAUAACCCGCCAGAGCCAGUUAUAGAUGUCGUUAUUUAAUAUCUGAAACAGAAUUUCCAUAAUUUUGUUUGUUUGAAGGAAUACGCACAAGGUCAGGGUUGAGCGUGUCCCAGGCAACAAUGUAAACCCACAUGGGGGCGAACAGGAAAUCCCUAGCAUUGCAUCCUUGGUGGGGGCCAAGCGACUACAAGUGCAAAUUCAUUCAAUAGGGCCCCUAUUUUGUGUGUGUAUCAUUUACAACGUGUUUGAGAAGAUAGACGAUAAUCGAGCGUCCCCAUCUGUAAUGGAACACAAUGAAACGCAUCGGUUGAUUGAAUUGGACGUUUUAAAUGAGUCAAGAAAAUAGCUUUAAUUAAACAACCUUAAAAAAAAAAAAACAAAAAAAAAACUAAGUUUGUCGAAUACAUCGCUUAUGAGCAUUUUUUAAUUAUUAUAUUUGAUAUUAAUGUUAAUCUUGUCCCACCAGAUUUUACACCGCAGAUUUAUUUGACCAACUAUUUCAGAAAAAUGAAAGAUAAAUGUUACGCACCAAACGCGCUUGCGAUAUUUAUAUAUUUUUAAAAUAUCAUUUAGCGUAGUUAUCGAGAAUUUUAUUUCAUGGAAUCCGUGGCAUCAGAUUUGCUUAAUCAUCCCCUUGAAAAACUAAUUUUUGGGAUUUGGGGCUGAACAUUUGAUAGAAUAUGUUGUCAUUGACAACAAGGAUAUGCCACGUAUCAGCUCGAUAGGUUGACGGGAAGUGGGUCAAUUAGACGUUCGAAUAUUUUUUUCCCUAUAUACACAAAAGCGAAGUUAAUAUAAAGCAAUGAAUGUUUUGUUUCACACCUUAACAGUAAAAUUACAUAUUUUAAAAAAAAUGUUUAAAAUUUCAUUUUGUAAACCAUGAAGUAUUUAUGCAAUGACGCAUUGCUCUGGGUGCAUAUUUAGAUUUUCUUUUCAUGAGCUGAAAGUAUUGAUUGAUCUAAGCGUCGAUUCUGUCUUAUAAGCAGGGAUGCAUAGUAUUAAUGAGAAGAUCUAAAUAAAAAUUGAUCUAAACGUUGUCUUCGUAAAACUAAGAUCUCCCGCAUCUUUCUGGUGCUCCAAGUAAAAUUGAUUGAUCUACAGUAGUGUUCUUUGGAUUUGGGCAUUUAGAUGUAUUGCUUCUUCCAGCUGCCUCAAGGAAAUAUAUAUAUGAAUGUUUUCGUUAAAAAAAAAUUAGAAUGCUUAAAUAAUUGUACGUUCGUGAUUGUAGCACUAUCUCGUAUUAAAAUGUCAUAUCACAAUGUCAUUUUUAAAUGUCCUAUUAAAAUUUCAUAUUAAUAUGUCCCAUUAAAAUGUCCUAUUAAAGUGUGUUUUAAAAUAUGACCUGUUAAUAUGUCCUAUUAAAAUGUCCUGUCAUUUCCAAACGUAGCCGUUUCAUUUGUCGAAUCCUUAAUCUCAGUUUCACUACCGGCAGAAACGUUUUAUGCUGAUAUAAACAUUGCCACGUUUGGCCUCUCCACUCAACUAAAAAACCAACGAAAACGAGCGUGCUAUUUAUAGGAAAGUACCCUCCAAGCAGUUGGCUACUGAAACAAACAAAAUGUCUCGUGAUCAGUCUGCUUAUUUGUCGACGGUUUCAACAAUACCAUUAUGACAGAUGACAUGAGACAUACUUAUCCAGCGAAUCUGGGGAUCAGUAUUCAAAAUAGUACAAUUCUGUCUUAAAAACAAAAAACAACAAAACAAAAAAAACAAACAAAACAAUGGGAGCCAAAAAUUCUCGUCCCAAUAAAGAAAAUGAAGAUAAAAAAACAGGUGAGUCUGACUUGCAGAUAUAUCUAAAAGUAGGUCUAAUUUUUGUGUGUGUGUGUUUUUAAAAUUUAUAAUGAAAAGGGAUAUUUUGGUUAUCAUAUAUUAAUAAAUUUGUGAUAAAGUAUAGCAAUGCUAUGUUUUUGAUAACUACAUGUUUACAUUAAUAUGUGGUUAUCUUCUUUAAUACAUUACAGUUAAAUAAAACACUUAUUUUUUUUAAAUUAAACAUAACUUUGAGCAGAGCAGUAAUGCGCUCCACUACAUAAUAUGUUUGACUUUAAACAAAAAAUAUAUAUACAGUAUAUUUCCGCGUGCGUACAAUGCCAGCAAUUUUGGGUAAAAAUUUUGUACCAAAAAGUAGGGCUUUGCAUUUUACACAGGUGUAAUAAAUAUUUGAUUAUGUAAUAUAUACUUAACAGAUACAGAGCAAUGUGUCUUAUAUACACAUGUGAGAGAAUAUAUUUGAGAGAAAGAGAGAGAUAGAGAGGAACAAAUGAAUGGAUGGAUGGAUGCACGGGAGAGAAAGAGAGAAAAGAGAGACAAAAGAGAAAAAAGAGAGAAGGAGAGAGAGAGAGAGAGAGAGAGAGAGAGAGAGAGGGAGAGAGAGAGAGAGAGAGACAGAGAGUGUGAGAGAGAGAGAGAAUGAGUGUAAAUUGAGAGAAUAUAUAUGAGAGAAAGAGAGAGAUAGAGAGAAAGAAAAGAAUGGAUGGAUGGAGGCACGGGAGAGAGAGAGAGAAAAGAGAGACAAAAGAGAAAAAAGAGAGAAGGAGAGAGAGAGAGAGAGAGAGAGAGAGAGAGAGAGGGAGAGAGAGAGAGAGAGAGACAGAGAGUGUGAGAGAGAAAGAGAAUUAGUGUAAAUUCACUAUCAAAAGUUUGUAAUAAUAAGGCUGCCCCUUAAGAUACCUACACGCCAUGGUGAUACCUACACGCCAUGGUGUGCAUGGCACCUAAGUUAAGUGAUUUGUAUCAUUAUUAUUAUACAAGAGUAACCUUUAAAAGAAAAGGAGAAUGGUUUAUGUUAAAGAAGUAAAUGGAACGGUUAUAGAAAGAAAUGAUUAUAGAAAGAAAUGAUUUAAGAAAGAUUUAAAAUAAAAAAAAAACAGAUGGAAGGAAAAACGCUUGAGUGUGCGUGCGUUUGUGUGUUUGUUAGUGUGUUUGUGUGUUUGUUAGUGUGUUUGUGUGUGAAGUUGAAGAAAAUUGCUGUUAUGUUUUUAAGUAAUGGAGAUUAUGUGGAUAAAAAUGGUAAUAAUUUUAUAUAUUUUUUAAAAAGUAUACAUUAAAAAAAAAUUGAACUCGUGUAUAACACCAAUUGCUUACCUCUGUCAGUAUAUAUCACAUUUUCUUUACUUUUGAAUAGACUCUGCCCCACCUCGGGGUCAUCAGUAUGAUGAAAUCGACGAGGAUAUUUUCAUUCAAAACCGAGAAAACGUAGCGGAGGAGAAGAAAAAACAAAAUAAUGGGAAUGUCGACAACCCAUCGGACAGCAGAGGAUCAAAAGACAACAUCAGCAUCUCGAACACAUCGACGAAGGCACGGAUUCACCCGUACGACGAAGUUGUCGUGGGUCCAGACGACACAGAGGAACAGGGGUCUGGCAAUGAACACGCCAAUGAGAAAGACGCUGUGAAAGUACAUUCCAAAGGGAAGGAUAAAAAAGGAAAAAAAGAAGGAAAAAAGAAGAAGGAGAAAAAGAAAGAUGAAAAGAGCAAAGAAGUCAAGGAGGCGCCCCAAGAUGGUGUCGCCGAGGAAGCUGCGACCGAUGCAGAAGACGUGGAGUACACCAACGUGGCGGUGCUGAAGAAAGCAAAAGUACCGGAAAGCGCGCUGACGACCGAAGAUGGCUGCGUUUACGCCCUGCCAAUCAAAACAAAGAAAAAAGACAAGGGAAACGAAUCAAAGAAAUCCGAGGUAUUUGUUUUAUUCUUUCACUUUAUGAUUUAGUUUUCAGAUUAAUUUAAGCUUUUUUGGAAACUUAUGGAAAAAUGUGCAACACGAGCAAUACUUUGUUCAAUAGAAUUAAGUGAUGGUAUUUCAUUUAUUUCAUCCGCCUGGCGUUCUACCAUAUUAGAAGUCUGUAAAAUCUGUUAAUUAUAUCAUAAUUCAGAUCCAAACAUUCAUUUCUUUUUUACAUUCCCAAAUUAUUUUUAAACUCAAUAAAUUUGGGUAGCAUCCUUAUUAAAGACGAUCUCCGCAUAGUAACUUGGGACCUUUAUUGAAGGGGUGAAAAUGAUAAAUCCUUCUGCUACAAAACUGCGCGUGUUCCGUGGGAAGCUGCUCAGUAGACCGCUUUCGUGUUCUCUGUAUUCAAAGUUCUCAUUUAAUCUUCUGUAUCUGGUAUUCCGAGAUCUAGACUUUACUGCAUUCUAAGAAAACAAGAGCGAAUGAGAAAUAGAAAAUGAAUACUUUAGUGAGUAAAUAUUUGCUCUGUUUUAUUGCAAAGAUGUGUGGAGCAUAUGUGUUACGCACUGGCUUCCAAUAUGAGAAAUUAAUCUCCUAUUUUAAUUUUAUUGUCUCGUUGUAAACAGUGUCUAACAAAGGACGAUACCAUAGAGUCAUCAAUAGUAAAGAUACGACACCCAAAACAGUUGCUAAUUAUAAUUAAUAAGAUUUAUUUAAGGCUUAAUAUAGUUGCAAAAAAAAAAAUAAAAAAAAUAUAAUAACAAAUCAUCAACUUACAGUUUGGUAGACCUUGCACCGGUACACAGUUAACACAGUUAGUACAAUGUGCCAAUGAAUAAUGAUGAAUGAAGAAUGCGAAUAAACACAUAUAUAAGAACACAAAGAAUACUACACGUCGCGUAAAGUUAAUAAUUUCUAUCUGAAUCUCCGUCUUUCCGUAUCUGCCACUUCCUUAUAUACAUGUAGCAUAGGACGCUUUCAGAAAAAUACUUAUGGCAUGUUGUUUACAUUUCUCGGGUUAUCGAGAACAUUCGACAAGAUGCUAGGAGACAGUCUAACCAUGUUGUAUUGGUAAACACGGUUGUAAACAAGAUAUAUCAAAGAGAUUCAACCAAGCCCACAACAAACAUUACCGUCUGGUAGUAGUCUAAUGCGGGGUCAAAGAAAGUUCACGCACGGGAAGAGUGUGCUACAUAACAAUAUGACAACAAAAUAUAAACACGUUUUAAAACUUAGAUUUGUAAGAGGAUUUUAAUUAAGUUAAUACGCCAAGCGCAUGUAAUAAAUUGAAUAGCCUCACUUAAUUCUAUUGAACAAAACAUGGUUAGUGUCACAGAUUUUCCAUAAGAUUCCAAAAAAGUUUAACACAUUUUGGUAAUGUAUCAUUGGUGUGCGUGGGAUUUUGGUCAUGAAUCAUUGGUGUGUGGGGGAUUUGGGGCAUCAAUAAUUUGUGAGUGGGGGAUUUGGUCAUGAAUCAGUCAUGUGCGGGAGAUUUUGGUCAUGAAUCAGUGGUGUGGGGGGAUUUUGGUCAUGAAUCAGUGGUGUGCGGGAGAUUUUGGUCAUGAAUCAUUGGUUUGCGGGGGAGGGGGGAUUUCGGUGAUGAAUCAGUGGUGUUUGGGGGGAUUUGGGUCAUGUAUCAGGGGUGUGGGGGGGGGAUUUUGGUCAGGAAUCAAUGUUGUGCGGGGGAAUUUCGGUCAAAAAAUCAAUGGUGUGUGGGGCGAUUUUGGUCAUGAAUCAAUGAUGUGUGGGGGGUGGGAUUUGAUUCAUGAAUCAGUGGUGUUGGGGUAGUUUUGGUCAUAAAUCAGUGGUGAGCGGGGGAUGUCGGUCAUGAAUCAAUGGUUUGGGGGGAUUUCGGUCAUUAAUCAUCAGUGGUAUGUGGGGGGAUUUGGGUCAUCAAUCAAUGGUGUGCGGGGGACUUUAGUCAUGAAUCAAUGGUGUGCGGGGGGAUUUUGUUCAUGAAUCAGUGGUGUGGGGAGAUUUUGGUCAUGAAUCAAUGUUGUGUGGGGGGAUUUUGGUUAUGAAUCAGUGGUGUGGAGAAUUUGAGUCAUGAAUGAAUUGUGUGGGGGAUUUGGUCAUGAAUCACUUGUGUGUGGUGGGCUUUGGGUCAUGCAUCAAUUGUGUGGGGGGAUUUGGGUCAUGAGUCAACUGUGUGGGGGAGUUGGGUCAUGAAUCAAUGGUGUGUGGGGGAUUUUGGUCAUGAAUUAUUGGCGUGGGAGGAUUUUGGUCAUGAAUCAGUGGUGUGGGGGAUUUGGGUCAUGAAUCAGUUGUGUGUGGGUGAUUUGGGUCACGAAUCAAUUGUGUACGGGGGGUAUUAGGGUCAUGAAUUAGUGGUGUGGGGAUUUGGGUCAUGAAUCAAUGGUGUGUGGGGGAAUUUUGGGUCAUGAAUCAGUGGUGUGGGGUGAUUUUUUUCGUGAAUCAAUGGUGUGUGGAGGAAUUUUGGGUCAUGAAUCAGUGGUGUGUGGGGGAUUUGGGUAAGUAAUUAGUGGUGUGUGGGGGAUUUUGGUUAUGAAUCAAUGGUGUAUGGGGGAUUUGGGUAAGUAAUCAGUGGUGUGUGGGGUAUUUUGGUCAUGAAUUAAUGUUGUGUGGGGGAAUUUCGGGUCAUGAAUCAGUGGUGUGUGGGGAAUUUGGGUAAGUAAUCAGUGGUGUGUGGGGUAUUUUGGUCAUGAAUUAAUGGUGUGUGGGGGAAUUUGGUCAUGAAUUAGUGGUGUGUGGGGGAUUUGGGUCAUGAAUCAAUUGUGUACGGGGGAUUAGGAUCAUGAAUCAAUUGUGGGUGGAUUUCAGUCAUGAAUCAGUGGUGUGUGGGAGAUUUUGUUCAUGAAUCAGUGGUGUGUGUGGGGAUUUGGGUCAUCAAUCAGGGGUGUGGGGUGAUUUUGGUCAUGAAUCAAUGGUGUGUGGGGGAAUUUGGGUCAUUAAUCAGUUGUGUCCGGGGAUUUGGGUCAUGAAUCAAUGGUGUGUGGGGGAUUUGAGUCAUGAAUCAAUGGUGUGUGGGGGAUUUUGGUCAUGAAUUAAUUGUCUGUGGGGCAAUUUUGGUCAUGAAUCAGUGGUAUUGGGGGAUUUGGUCAUGAAUCAAUGGUGUGUGGGGGGCUUUGGGUCAUGCAUCAAUGGUGUGUGGGGGAUUUUGGUCAUGAAUCAAUGGUGUGUGGGGGAUUUAGUUCAAGAGUUAGUGGUGUGGGAAAAUUUUGGUCAUGAAUCAGUGGUGUGGGAGGAUUUUUGUCAUGAAUCAGUUGUGUGUGUGGGGGGGGGUGAUUUUGGUCAUGAAUCGGUGAUGUGGGGGUAUUUUGAUCAGGAAUCAGUGGUGUGUGUGAUUUUGAUCAGGAAUCAGUGGUGUGUAUAGAUUUUGUUCAUUAAUCAGUGGUGUGUAUAGAUUUUGUUCAUUAAUCAGUGGUGUGUGGGGGAUUUGGAUCAUGAAUCAUUGAUAUUAAGGUGGAUUUUUUUAUCAUGAAUUAGUAGUGUGUGGGGGAUUUUGGUCUAGUAUAUAUAAAAUAAGAGAGAUCACAAAGCGAAGCCUGAAAUAUAAAGAAAGCUAUAGAUGGGAAGAGACAGAGAGAAAAAAAAAUAUUUUUAAAGAAAUAGAGAGAAGGGAUACAUAUAAGAUUUCGAGUCUUCUUUUUUAAAUUUUAUUUUCUACAUUGCAUACCGUACCUUCUUGUAUAAAAUGUUGCUUUAGGAAUAUCUAGUCAAUUUGGUAAUCUAGAAUUUAUUAGUAGGAUCGUACUCCAAUACGAUACUAAUCUAAUGUGGGGAAUAUUCUAAUCUAGGACUAUAUUAAUAUAAUACUAUUCCCACAUGGAUCUAAUCUAAUUUAAGACUUUAACUAAACUGAUACCACUAUAAUAGCUCUUGAUUUAGCGGUAUUAUUUCUUUGCGACUUGAGAAGGAUGAUGAAAAAAAUGUCUAGCAAAAGUCACAGCCACUUUAGUCUCUUUACACAGAUCUGGUCUCUAUUAGGAAAGACCAAGGCUCCGGAGUACCGAUAGCGUACCGAUAGCGUGUACAACAUGGGAGGAAAGUAAUUAAAUUUAUACUGACGGUUGUCAUGAUUCAUGCUGGCUUUUGAAAACACGGUACGACAAUUUUGAAUAAAUAUCGUUCGUUUAAUAUCACCAACCCCGUUGCCGUUCAAUGGUCGGUUGAGAUGUGUAUCUCUAAGUGAACGACGUCACACAGCAAGGUAUCGGCUGCGAUUGUCUUCAAGGGAGAUCACACAUGAUCGAUUGAUGUCCCUUUAACUUCAUAUCGCUACAAAGUACAAAUUUGUAUUUAAAUAAGUACUUUCAAGUUGUUAGUUUUAAUUUCGUUUCAUUUUGCUAAUUAUACACUGGUAAGUACACCACUAAACCUUAAGCCUGUAAUUUAUUAUUUUUUUCCAAGAAAUCCAAAGAGGCCCAGCCAGUCAAACAGCUCAACUACAUUGAGGUUGAGAUUGCACCGAAACCCGCUAAAGCCCCUAAACCUGAGACCAAGUCCCCACACACCCCCACCGCUUACUCCAACAUCAUCAAAGAAAAUGGACGGAUCGUGCUUGUCCCAGAACAAUGAUGUCCUCAAAAAAACAAACAAAAAAAAACAGACGACCGUGUUGGAAUGGCUCCUCACUUGAUCACGUGACAUUACGUCAUGAGAGAAAGUUUGACCGAACGUAGUGAGAGGGAUAGUGAAAGAAUGCUAGGGACAUUGCUCUUUUAUGAAUGUAUAGAGAAAAUGUUACAUGAUUGUAAAAAAUGAGCCAUGCUUUAUGAAUGUAAUGGCAUCACUGUUAUGCGGAUGUAAUGAAAUCACUGUUGUGUGGAUGUAAUGACAUCACUGUUAUGUGGAUGUAAUGGGAUCACUGUUAUGUGGAUGUAAUGGGAUUACUGUUAUGUGGAUGCAAUGGGAACACUGUUAUUAGGGUGCAAUUGUGUGCAUUUUUAUAAAGAUUUAAAUUCUGCAGUGACAAAUGAUAAUAAUUUGAGUAAUUUAAUAUUAAUGUAAGGUAUACUAAUGUGUAGGAAUGUAAUGGACUGCCAUGUUAUUUGCACGUAAUGAAUAACAUAUAUGAAUGUAAUGGACAGCAACGCUCUAUGAAUGUAAUGUACAAACAUGCUAUAUGGAUGCAAUGGACAUCAAAUUUAUUUGAAUACCAUGGGCAGUGAUGCUGUAUGAAUGUAGUGGACCACGAUUCUAUAUAAAUAUAAUGGACAGCAAUGCUUCAAAUAUAUGUAUAUUAAUAUAUACGACAUGUAUAUUUUGUAAUUUCUUGUAAAACUAUGAUAACAUACCAUGAAAGGCUUAGGUAUGUGUAUGCACAACCCAAUGACAUAACCAGGCACUGGAUUAGGCCUUGUUGUGCUACCUUAUUAUGGGUUCUACCCCCCCCCCCUUUUUUUUUGUUGCGCCCAAAGAAUCACUUUACUAUUGUUACCCUAUGUCAUCGUUUAGAAAUAAGAAAACCUCAUGAUCUUUACAAGAAUUCUCCCCACUGGAACAUACAGCCCUGUACUGUGGCAUAACGAACGAACGGGCAAACACCAAAGGUGGCCAUUGCUACUUGGCAUUAUUGGGCUAUGUCAAAAACAAUUAUUUUAAUCAAAUAAUUAACAUUUUUUAUAUAGAGUGAGCCGAUUGAGUAGAGUGUGACACAUUCUCGCAAGGCUUAUGAGGCCGACCCUGCGAUGACAGCCACGUCUGCAUUUCUCACGUGACAACUCUGUUUUCUGGUUUACUUAGGCCUUCUGUAAAGCCUUUUGCUUAGUGUUGUUGUUGCAAUCACUGCGUUGCGCACAUCUUCUGUCUGUUUGACUCCGUCAUUUACAGCUGUUUGACUCCGUCACCUUCUGCUGUUUGACUCCGUCACACACUGCUGUUUGACUCCUUCACACACUGCUGUUUGACUCCGUCACUUUCUGCUGUUUGACUCUGUCACACACUGCUGUUUUACUCCGUCACACACAGCUGUUUGAAUCCGUCACCUUCUGCUGUUUGACUCUGUCACACACUGCUGUUUUACUCCGUCACACACAGCUGUUUGAAUCCGUCAAAUUCUGCUGUUUGACUCUGUCACACACUGCUUUUUUGACUCCAUCAUUCUCAGCUAAAUGACUCCGUCACACACUUCUAUUGGACUCCUUCACACACUGCUGUUUGACUCCGUCACCUUCCGCUGUUUGAGUCACCCAUACACUGGCUUACCUCACGUUUCGUCUGCAUACGUCCUUAAAGCCUAGCCGACGUCUUCCUCUAUUCACCUUACAUGGCCCCCAGCCAGUGCAAUGUGCGUCUUACUAAGAGCGGACAACUUGCAGCGCACUUUGGGAAUAAAUUGGGGGAAAGAGUUUUUUCCUGUUGGUGAGUUUAUUUUUACGUGUGUUGAACGUUGCAGAGCGUAGUUGAGCUUACUUAGCUUUGUAAACAGAUCAUAGUCACUUUUCAUUUUGAGCCAGACAGCAGAGGCGUAGCG